GGGGCGAGCGCACGGUCGGGCGGGAAGGGACUGCCGGGCCGUGGGCGCUCUUCACCGUCGAAGCCCUAGCUGAGGAGGAGGUUGUGACCAACUGGCAAACCUGAGAGCUGCAGCCGCUCUCCUUACGGAAUGGAGAGGACGGCUUUGGCUGUCUGCGAGAUUUUAAGAUAUUUAAUAAUUCACUGGAAGUGUGAAGCAGGAAUACCAAAGGGAGCAUUGCUAGAUGGGCAGCUAGCGAUUUCCAUAGAAGCAUUGCCUUCUAAGCACCUACCAGAUUCUCUACGUUGUAUAAUAACUAUUGCUUCUGCAGGAAAUGUUGAUGGUGGCUUGGACUUCAAGAAGCUUCUACAAGACAUACAGCCUGCACUGCCCAGGCUGUCUGCAAAGCUGACUCUGGCUUCAGAGGAAGGGGGCCAUUCUCAAGAUACAUCAGUCAAGGCGCCCUGCCAGAUGACUUUUGAGGUUGAUGAAAAUUCUCGAAGUUUGAUGACAGACUGUCUGGUGAUAAAGCAUUUUCUACGGAAAAUCAUCAUAGUUCAUCACAAGCUCAAGUUUAAUUUCAGUGUAACGGUGAAUGGGAUCCUCUCUGCAGAGAUUUUUGGGGCAGAGAAUGAACCUGUUUUGAGGCUGUCCAAUGGGAUCUCUCUUGCUGUGGGCUUUCAGCACUAUGUCAGUAAACCACAAUUCAAUUGGACUGAACCACACUGCAGCAGACUCCACCCUGUGCUAGGACAUCCGGCACCACUGUCCAUCCCUGGUGCCAAGGCUAACAUGGGCCUGUUGGGAGAGUUGACCCUGACUCCAGCCGCUGCUCUGUGCCCCAGCCCCAAGGGCUUCUCCAGCCAACUGAACAGGAUUUCUUCUGUUUCCAUAUUUCUAUAUGGCCCUUUGGGUCUGCCUCUGGUAGCAUCAGAUCAGGAGCAGCCAAGUACUGCUGUCUUCAGAGAUGCCUCUUAUUUCAUUGACUGGAAGAAACACAAUUUGUUUAUGUUGCCCAAUUUGGAUCUCAAUUUGGAUACACAGUUUAUACUUCCAGAUGUGAAUUAUAAAGUGGAGUUGCCUGAGGAGAAUCAGUCUCAGAACGCACAGGGACCAGUUCUGCUACUUUUCCUAUUUGUGGAUUUCCAAAGUGGAGUCCCAGUACACCAAGGGGAAAUCUGGGGACUCCAUACUUUGCUCACAACUCAUCUCAGCACCAUCCUCUCGGAGAGCCGCAGCACGGUACAAGACUCCAUCCAGUCAGCUGUGGACCAGGUCUUGGAGCUGCACCACCAAGCUGCCAAGACUCACCAGAGACUGCAGGCCUCCCUCUCUGUGGCUGUGACUUCCAUCAUGAGUGUGCUGACUGGAAGCACAAGCAGCAGCUUCAGGAAGACAUGCCUCCAGGCUCUCGAGGCAGUUGACACACAGGAAUUUAGUGCCAAACUGCACAGAAUAUUUUAUGAUAUCACCCAGCACCAAUUUCUGAACCACUGCUCAUGUGACACAGAGCAGCACCUGACUCCAGAGAAAAAGAUUUCAGCCCAGAACACCAAAGACCAGCACAAGAAUAUUGGUCUAGAGUUCCCUGCAGAAUCUAGCGGGCAAGCAGAAAACAAGAGGCUCAAGAGGAGCAGCCCCAACCAGGGCAGGGAAGAAUCGCGAACUCUGGGCCCAGCCAGGGACCUGAGCCCGCCAGAAUCCGUCACGCGCGACUGCGAUCCUACCGAGGCCUCCCUCACUGCUAGAGGAUCACAGACCCAAGUGGCCAACGACGGAGUUCAGGCGGCAGACGCAGCGAGCCCUCUGGGCGGCCUGGAGGUACCGCAGGGAGCACAGGGCGGGUGCGGGCCUAAGCUACCGCCGCCGGGCCCUCACCACCGCCUCCGCUGCUCCCGCAGGACUUGUGGCUACAGGAGGUCUCCAACCUGUCCGAGUGGCUGAGUCCGGGACACAGGUCCUAAGCGCCCGCUCCUGAGACUCACAGCAAGGCAAGGAAGCCCGGGACGCGUGUGUUAUAUAUUUCAAUAAAGCUGCUCCAAGCACA